UCUAUCAAGCCCUGCAGCCACCCCAGAGGCUUCCCCUUCAUCUACAGACAUGGUAACACUUUGCACCACACAAGAGGAGGCAGCAGAGGCAGAAAUACACGACCUGGCAACUCCACUCUCCACUCUGACCCAGCCAGCCACCUUAUCUCGCUCGCCUGACCUCUUAUCUUGUGUAAACACAGCAGCCUACCCCACCACUACAGUUUCCACCACAACAACACCUCUCUUGCCUCCUGCCAUCAUCACAACUCGUAGCAGGACACUGUUCCAGCCCUCUACACCUCUGCCUUCCACCUCUACACCUGCUGAUGAUCAGCCCACCCCUGCCACCCCUCACCGACCCAAGCGUGGCCGUGUGUUCUCUCCUCUUCCAUCUACGUCUCGUGGGUUGCUGGAUGAUGAUGAUGAAGACGUGGAUGACCCACAACCACUGCCUUCUGCUGAACUCCUCCCCUCUACAGCAGUGAGAUCAUCCAAACGGAGGAGGGGGCCCCAGAAUCCAGUUGUAGGGCAACCGCUGAGGAGUGUGGGCUCAACACUACGUGGAAGGGACAAGAGGAAAACUGUGUGGAGGCCUGAUUCGAAAAGUAACCUUACCAGGUUGCAGGUGACAUACGACACUCCAGGAAAAACCUCCGAUGUGUUUGAUGGGUUGGAAAACAUUGAUGAAUACUUCCACCAGUUCAUCGAUGACUACAUGCUGGCUAUGGUUACAUUGCACACUAAUGACAGGGUCGCCAAUGUUAUGAGGGGUGCGGUGCGGCGCCUUGGUAUCCCAAGACUGAGCAUCAGCCUCCGUAGCCUCAUACGUAACACUUUCAAUGUCCCACCUGAGGAGAGGCCAGCAACACAGCAAAAGAAAACUGAGAAGAGGCAGCGGUGCUUCCUCUGCCCCACCAGAGAGCAGGGACGAACCCGGGUCUGCUGCAGUGGAUGUGGGAAGUCCGUGUGUGCAUCCCACUACUCUGUCUUCUGCCCCUCCUGUUGCUAGGCGUGGAUUUUGCAGAGAACUGGGACUGUGCAGGCUGUGAGAGACAACUGUAAUACACCGAUCUCCAGAGGCUUUAUUUUUUUGUAUGGACAUAAGUAUUUAUUUUUUAUUUUUUUCUAAUGAUAGUUAAAAUAAGGUAGAAGUUUUUUGUAUUCUUUGUAAUAAAGUACAUAAAGCAU